GACAGACGCGCGAAGGGAUUCGGAGCUUUCGUCUUCUUCGGCGCAGAGCAGGGCGCCAACCGCAUCGCGAACGAGAUGUCUCGGCUACGGCUGGAAGCUUCACUUGCCAACGCCCCAGUGAUCAAUAAUCGCCCGAAGACCGCCAACCAGAAGAAACAGCUGGACAAUUAUCUCUACGUUCAGAUCGAGAAGUCCAUCGAGCUACGAGAGCGGGUCCAGCGCGCGAAGGGUGCGAAGCAGAGUUCCUCCAACGGUUUCGGCAUUCUCGACGUCGGCGCGACAUCCGGCAUCAUGGGCGUAGAGGCCGCCGAGAACCUGCGCGACAUUAUCCAUGAGCAGACGGGCAAGAACAUCAAUAUGGACGUUAGCCAGGAGACUGCGUUUAUAUUUGGUGACGGCAACGCCAGGGCCUGCACCGCGCCGCAGGGCGAUGCGA